AUGAUUGUUUGUGUUGAUUUCUUUUACAGAACAUCAUUGAUUCGCCCUGAUUCGUUGAAUGCAGUCUUUGUGGUUGUUCAGGAGCCGAUCAUAGAACUGAUUAAUGGAAAUCCUAAGGCUGGCUGGAAAGCGGACAUGAAUCCUAAAUUUUAUAAUUUCACAGUUAGCCAAUUUAAGCGUCUUCUUGGUGUGAAACCUACACCUGCACAUGCUUUUAGGGGAAUUCCAAUUGUUGUUCAUCCAAGAACUUCAGAUUUGCCAGCUGAAUUUGAUGCUAGAACAGCUUGGCCUCAAUGUCACACAAUUGGAAGAAUUCUUGAUCAGGGUCAUUGUGGUUCUUGUUGGGCUUUUGGUGCUGUUGAAUCCCUAUCUGAUCGUUUUUGUAUCCAAUACAACAUGAAUAUAUCACUCUCUGUGAAUGAUAUUCUUGCUUGCUGUGGAUUUUUGUGCGGUAGCGGUUGUGAUGGCGGUUAUCCUAUUUAUGCUUGGAGAUACUUUAAGCAUCAUGGUGUUGUCACAGAAGAGUGUGACCCUUAUUUCGAUAGUACUGGUUGCUCCCACCCGGGAUGUGAACCUGCAUAUGACACUCCCAAGUGUUCGAGAAAGUGUGUAAACACAAACAUGCUCUGGAAGAAAUCAAAGCACUUCAGUGUCAGCGCAUACAGAGUCGGUUCAGACCCACACAGUAUUAUGGCAGAAGUUUACAAGAACGGACCAGUAGAAGUUGCCUUCACUGUUUAUGAGGAUUUUGCGCACUACAAAUCAGGAGUUUACAAACACAUAACGGGUGAUGUUAUGGGUGGUCAUGCUGUGAAGCUGAUUGGAUGGGGAACUUCUGCUGAUGGGGAAGACUAUUGGCUUCUAGCAAAUCAAUGGAACACAGGCUCGGGAGAUGUGAGUUCUGUUUGUUGGAUUAUGGACACAAAAUUAGAAGGACAAUAUCCUCAAAAGGGAGCUUUUAUGGCUGCUAACCUUGCUCUGCAGUGUCUAAAAUCAGAGCCUAAAGUACGCCCAAAAAUGUCACUGGUUUUAGCCACCUUAGAAGAGAUCCAGUCCUUGAAAAACACAUCCAAAACUCGAACUGCUAAUGACUCGAAAAGUAACUUACCACCAAAAACGCAUCAUUGCUCGCCCAUGAAUACGACACAUUCUGCUGCCUCUCCAUCACCAGCCCACCGGCAGCAGCCUCGAGUACGAUGA